AAUUUUUAGAUUUCGGAAGUGUUGCACCAACAAUAAAUAUCAUUAACUGAACAUUUACUACUUUAUAAACACAUAAAUUAAAUGGUUUAGAAAUUAACAUUUAUUUUUUAAUGCAUUUGUACACAUAUGAAUUCGAAGUACAGGAUAAGGAAAAAGCUAUUUAGUACAAUCAAAUCAGUUCCUCCUGUUAAUAAGGGCACCGCCCUCUCCACAAUUCGAUCGAUUCAAUCCCACCAUGCCUUGCUCUCCCUGUCUUCCCACAUCCGUGCUCCCAGCAUUCCCUGCAUGGCGUCAGUGUAACACAGUGAAGCCGGCAACACAUCCGUUUCAACAUGUUACAUCCAGACGUGAUACGGGAUUAGGGAAAUCAACAUUGAUAAACAGUUUGUUUCUCACAGAUUUGUACAAGGAUAGGAAAAUUCUUAGCGUCGAAGAGCGUGUUGACCGAACUGUGGAGAUAGAAAAGACCACGAUGGACAUCGAAGAAAAAGGCGUUAAACUAAGAUUGACAGUUGUUGACACACCAGGAUUUGGCGAUGCGAUUAACUGCGAAGAAAACUGGAAGACAAUUGAAAGGUACAUUGAUGACCAGUUCAAUCAGUUUUUCAAAGACGAAAGUGGUCUGAACCGGAAGAAUAUAGUUGACAAUAGAGUGCACUGUUGCCUAUACUUCGUUCCACCUUACGGGCAUGGGCUUAGACAAUUGGAUGUGGAAUUCAUGAAGAGACUACAUCAAAAAGUAAAUGUUGUACCAGUCAUUGCUAAGGCAGAUACACUUACCCCAGCAGAAGUCAGAAAACUUAAAGACAAAAUACUUCGGGAAGUAGAUGAAAAUCAGAUAAAAAUCUACCAACUUCCAGAAUGUGAUAGCGAUGAAGAUGAAGAAUUUAAGCAACAAGAUAGAGAAUUAAAAGAUAGUGUUCCAUUUGCUGUUAUCGGAAGCACACAAAUAGUUGAAAUCAAUGGCCGGAAAGUUAGAGGAAGGUUGUAUCCUUGGGGUAUUGUUGAAGUUGAGAAUCCAAAGCACAGUGAUUUCCUUAAAUUAAGAACAUUUUUAAUAAGUACUCAUAUGCAAGACCUGAAAGAUGUAACACGUGAUGUACAUUAUGAAAGUUACAGAGCACAAUACAUAACAAAGAUUUCUCAACAAGCAGCAAGGGAAAGAAACAAACUUAGACGAGAUUCUGGGCCUAAUUUUGAGGCAGUAUCUGAAACAGACCGUCUAUUACAGCAGAAGGAAGAAGAAAUAAGAAAAAUGCAAGACAUGUUACAACAAAUGCAGCAAAAACUACGGGCAGCAGGCUCAGAAGGAGAUGGACCCAAAGAGGAGGGUGGUGAAAUGAAUUUUUAAAAACUCAUGUCAAAUCUAGCUACAUCCUAUGAGAUGAAGCUUGAAGGUUUUUAAAAAAAUCGCAUGAUCAUCAGAGAAAUAAGUGAGACAAAGCAAAGAACAACUUGCAGUGAAAAUAUGGGACACGAUACUCAGACUUUUGCUACAAUUUAAUGCUGUCAAUUGUGCUUUUCAAAUGAGAAUCUAUGGAGCAUGGUUAUGUUGCAAAUUGUAUGUGACAUUUUUUAAUAUAAUGGUUAGAGAUGGUAUUAGAUUUUUGUACAUAUUUCUUUUCUUGUAAAGCGAUGUUUCUUGUUACUGUUUUUUGAUAAUGGUAAAAUUUAGUGCAACAUCAAUGCUGUUUUGAUCCACUGUGUUGAAAUUUCUUAUCAAUAAAGUUAUUAUAAACAUUGCA